AUGGUGGUAAUGGAAGAUGAUUCAUUCAAGAAGCCAGGAGCAGUUCCAUUCAAAUGGGAAAUCAAACCCGGACUCCCUAUUCCCCACCAUCCUCACAACCCGGAAUCUCCCUCAUUCAAGCUCAAACCACCGCCGCUACCCGGGUCCUACAAGUUAUCUCCGGUGGAGCCCCGAACACGGUCCUUCCGGUCAAAUUCUAAGGUCCGCUCUGAUAGAUGGAGAUUUGAGCGGCCGCUCCUUUCCCAGCCUGAGAUAGUGACCUCUUCAGGUUGUUUCUUCUCACCUUUUAUGAAGCGUUUACGGAGCAAGAAGACGGUUCCGAAGAGAGUGGUUGAACUCGAUUAUACAUCGGAGUUGGAUACGAUUGGUCGGUGGUCUUUGUCGUCGACUAAAUCACUGUCUCCGUUCCGGCCUUCGAUGGUGUCGUCUUCUGUUGCGUCGUCGCCUCAACCCGUUGGUGAUGUUGAAUGGGCUGGGUUCGGGCUUUUCUGA